AUGGCAGGCAACUUCGAUUCAUGGGAAGAUGCGGCAAACCAAGAGGAGGAUCUGUCAAGGCGGGCACAAAACAUCAACAUAAACGCUAACACAUUCAGGCCCGGGGCCAACUCAUUCCAGCCUGGUGCUACCUCGUUUCAACCGGGACAGCAAUACCAACAGAAUGGCUAUCAAAAUUACGGCUACGGCCAACAGCAGGGAUAUAACCAAUACCCGCAGUAUGGCCAACAACAAUACGGCCAAUACGGCCAUAUUCAGCAGCAGCAACAGCAACAGCAGAACUACAAUCAAGGGUAUAACAGUGGCCAAUUCGCCGCCUACAAUCAAACGCCUGGAGGAUUCCAGCCUAGACAGGGUGGUCCAAUAAGCAUUGCGAAGAGAUCAGACACACAACCAGCGUCUGCGCCGACACCGCAACAGACUCCCGCCCUGGCCUCUCAAACUGAAGCAACCCCCACCCCGCCCGCUCCCAAACCACAAACUGCUGCCGCACCUCCGAAGGCUAAGGUCCUGUCGAUUGGUGUCCCUACCGCAGCCUCCGCUUCUCCUAAGAAACCUGCCUCUCCAACCACAAAGGACGAACCGGCUUCUUCAAAAGUGGAUGCUGGCUCAAAGGUCUCGGCCGCCAAAGCAGUGGAGAAGUCGGGAGAAAAAGUAACGGGCAAGACAUCCCCAGCUCCAUCAUCGGGAAAGUCUUCCCCUACGCCAGCGGAAGCGAAGAAACAGCGAAAUGCCGACGAACUUGCCGCAGCACAAACCGCCGAUGUUGACCAAUCCGUCCUGGAGGAGAUGUACGGCAAAGAGCACGUCAACAUCAUCUUCAUCGGCCACGUCGAUGCCGGUAAAUCUACACUCGGUGGUCAAGUCUUGAUUCAGACGGGCAUGGUCGACGAGCGGACACUGGAAAAGUACAAACGCGACGCCAAAGACGCAGGCCGUGAGACAUGGUACAUUUCUUGGGUACUGGAUCUCAACAAGGAAGAACGAGCAAAGGGUAAAACCGUCGAAGUCGGUCGUGGCUUCUUCGAGACCGAGAAGCGAAGAUACACCAUCCUGGAUGCUCCGGGCCAUAAGACCUACGUGCCCAACAUGCUCAGCGGCGCCGCUCAAGCCGACGUGGCCAUUCUUGUCAUCUCCGCGCGAAGAGGCGAGUUCGAGACGGGAUUUGAAAAAGGUGGCCAAACUCAAGAACACGCCAUGUUGAUUAAAACCACUGGAGCGAAGGAGCUAGUCGUGGUGGUCAACAAAAUGGAUGACCCUACCGUCGAAUGGAGCAAGGAACGCUACGACGAAAUUGUCGGCAAAUUGAAGCCGUACCUCAAGAAACGAAUCGGCCUGGACUCAACCUUCAUGCCCAUCUCUGCACAAACAGGCGUCAAUGUCAAGGACCGCAUCCCCCCCAGCGUGGUGGACUGGUAUAAAGGACCCUCCCUCCUCGAAUUCCUCGACGGCAUGGCCAAGAUCCAGCGCAACCUCAACGCGCCGUUCAUGAUGCCCAUCGGUGCCAAGUACCGCGACAUGGGUACCAUGAUCGAAGGCCGCAUCGAAGCCGGCGUUGUCCAGAAGACCUCGACGCUGAUCAUGAUGCCCAACCGCGAAGAGGUCGGCAUCGCAGCCCUAUAUGGCGAAACCGAAGAUGAAGUGCCAUAUGCCACGUGUGGAGACCAGGUCCGCAUGCGCCUCCGAGGCAUCGAAGAAGAAGACAUCAUGCCGGGAUUCGUGCUCUGCUCGCCAAAACGCCUCGUCCACUGCGUCAAAGAAUUCGAAGCACAGAUCAACAUUGUGGAACUCAAGUCCAUUCUCUCCGCGGGCUUCAACUGCGUGCUCCACGUCCACGCCGCGACCGAAGAAGUCACCUUCGCUGCCCUCUUGCACAAGCUCGAACCCAGAACGGGGCGGAAGAGUAAGAAGCCGCCCCCGUUCGCCGCGAAGGGGCAGAAUAUCAUCGCCAGAUUGCAGGUCACCAGCGGCGGAGGCAAGAUCUGUGUCGAGAGGUUUGAGGACUAUCCUCAACUAGGACGCUUCACGCUACGAGACCAAGGGCAAACGAUUGCGGUGGGCAAGAUCACGAAGUUGAUUCUAGACGACGAGUAA